CGAAAGUUGUUGGGCCUUGAACCCCGAACAUGCAAACUGCACUCCAAAGAAAGGAAACGGUGUAGAGCAAUUGGGCUCCACUGCACCCAAUUCUUCACAUGAAUGCAUGAGCGGUCUGAUAUUCGACAUGAGCAACACUCACAUGGACGUUUCAAGGUACACUGAGGUCACUAGCAGUAUUAGUAGCGCUCAGGUCUGACAUUGUGCGAAGACAACCGUCUGUUUCUUUCGAGCACUAACUUCAGACGUACGAAGAAGCGUUCCGCAACGUGGCGUCCCCCUUCUUCAACACAACCGUUGUUUCAAAUUGAUCACAUUGCAAUUAGCUUCAGAUGGCGCGGCAGCGUACUGAACUGCAGGUCCUUUUGGUCGUCCUUCGUUGACUCAGAUCAUGCUCUAGUCUGCGCGAAAAUCUGUAUGUGUUUUGGAGGAUCCCGAAACACGAAGCACCGCAAGAUUGAUGUAAACAGAUUAACUGAUUUCGCUGUCCAGGCGAGCUAUCUGGCAUAUGCACUCAGACGCAAUCCACCGCAAGAAGUGGAACAACACUGGAUUUGUAUACGGAAAGCGAUGACCAUUUCCGGACAGUCAUGCUGCGGCCUAACUCGACGCUUCUUGAAGGCGUGGAUCUCUGCUCGUUCUCUGGAGCUGUUCGAACGCCGCAAAGAUAUCCCCGCGGAAUCAGAUUGCAACGAGCGGCGCCGUUCUGCCAACCGGAUGCUCAACCAAAGUCUACGCAAGGAUCUGGAGACAUGGUGGUCUGAGCGUGCUUUAGAGAUGGAGACCGCUGCCCUCUCUGGCAACACCCGCAGAGUUUUCCAACUCAUUCGGUCCAGUGGUCUCAGGAAUCCUGGUGUCAGUGAGGUCAUUUGUGAGGUGGAUGAGUCUCCGAUCACCAACCAACAGAGGCGUAUGGACCGCUGGGCCGAGAACUUCCACUCGCAGUUCAACUGGCCUCCACCAUUCAUCAGUACAUGCUGUACACUUUGUUGUCCACCCUGGCUCGUCCCACUGAAUCCACUGCCUCGAGAUUCAACGAUUGAAACGCUUCAAGGCUGCCGGCUUAGACGGACUUCUUCCGGAGCUAUUCAAGUACGGCGGUGUGGCGAUCAUUAACCAGCUAACCGCGCUGUUCGCAAAAAAUUUCGCAUGAAGAGAAAGUGCCUUCCUCUUGGGGCGAAUCAGUUACUGUCCCAAUUUUCAAGAAAGGCGCUCGCACUUCAUGUGCAAAUCAUCGCGGGAUUAGUCUUAUUUCGGUUGCCUCUAAGCUAUUGACAUCCAUUCUGCUUCGCAGGCUAUCCCCAGUACGUGAAUCAUACUACCGUGAAGAACAAGCUGGUUUCCGUCCUGGCCGCGGAUGCGUGGACCAAAUCUUCACGCUCCGCCAGCUCCUCGAACAUCGCCACAUUUAUCACAGGCCCACUAUCGUUGCAUUUCUAGACAUACGUGCCGCUUUUGACUCCGUUGAUCGACCUGCUUUAUGGUCUUGCUUGCUAAAGAAAGGGGUGCCAGAG